AUGUCUCAUUCCGCUGUGCUGUAUGUCACAAUCUGUGUCCUCCUGUCGUGCGUCCUAGUGGUCCAUCAUCGCAGAAGAUCCCAUUCUCUGCCACCAGGACCACGGCAGCUGCCUUUCCUCGGAAACGUAUUUGACAUUCCCCGGAAAGACGUCGCUGCCACCUUCGCCUCGUGGAGCAGACAGUAUGGCGAUAUCAUCUACAUGCACGUCCUUGGCCGCGAAUUCGUGAUUCUCAACACAGCCAAAGCCGCGCUCGAUCUCUUCGAUGACCGAGGGAUACUCUAUAGUGACAGACCGCGCUCCGUCAUGUCGGACUUGGUGGGCAAGACCCGGGCCGUCCUUUUCCAUCCAUACGGAGAACAGCUAAAGAAACACAGAAGACUGUUGCGAAACGCAUUCAACCCGCAGCGCUCCAAAGACUACUGGCAACUGGAGGAAGAAGAGGCACGCAGACUGGUAUCUGCACUUGCUGAAGAACCGAAGAACUUCCUCGCGCAUGUAAGACAGUACUAUGGUGCUAUAGCUCUUCGGAUCGCCUAUGGAUAUCAAGUCAAAGGUCGCUCCGGCGAAGAUCGUUACGUGAACCUGACCAAUGAACUUGCGCGCAUCACAGCGAAAGCUUCAGAGCCUGGCCGCUGGCUUGUAGAUUCAUUUCCAAUUCUCAGAUAUGUACCUGCAUGGUUUCCGGGUGCUGGCUUCAAGCGCUGGGCACAGUCUGUUCGUCAUAAAACCGAUGAGUUCUCAGCAGAGCCAUACAAUUUUGCAAAGGAUAUCGCUACGCGUGCAGGGCAGACUUCUUUUGUAAGCGAAUCCAUCGAACUCUUGGAGUCCGAGAUCGGCGGGCGACUCAGCGCGGAAGAUGACGAGCUGCUGAAAUGGACUGCAGCGAGCAUAUACGCAGGCGGUUCUGAUACUGCUACUGCCCUCACAUCAUCAUUCCUCCUGAUCAUGGCCGCCUACCCAGACGUCCAGCGCAAGGCACAAUCGGAGCUUGAUACCGUUGUUGGGCGUGAUCGGUUUGCGAUGAUGGACGACCAGCCUCGGCUCACCUACAUCGACGCGCUCAUCAAGGAGGUGCACCGGCUGAAUCCUGUUGCGCCCUUGGUUCCACACACAACGCUAUCCGAUGACAUCUACCGGGGGUACCGCAUUCCCAAGGGCAGCUGGAUCAUGGCAAACGUAUGGUGUGUUUCGCAUCUCCCGGAUUGUUAUCUACGAUAUGAGCGUGUCGCUCAUUCUGCCGCCCGUCGGUCGCGUAGGGCGAUGAUGCACGACCCCGAGACGUUCCCGCGUCCGGACGUGUUCGAGCCAGAACGAUUCCUGAAGGAGGGCGGCGCAUGUCCCCUGGACCCACGCGAUUACAUAUUUGGGUUUGGACGCAGACGCUGCCCUGGAACCCACGUCGCGGACUCGUCCUUCUUCUUCGCGGUAACUUACAUCUUGGCGAUAUUCGACAUUACAAACCCGCGGGACCCAGACGGGAAUCCGAUGCGUCCCGCAUACGCCGACGGAUAUCUAUCGCAUCCAAAGCCUUUCACGUGUCAAAUCACGCCGCGUUCCAAAUCUGCAAUGGAUCUCAUUUCGCAGCUAGUCUUGAGCAGCUAG